AGAUGGGCCAAUUCGAAUUCUCUCUCUCUCUCUCCGAUUCCGCAUCGCCUCCUCCUUGGAAUUGAUCAUAACUCGCUCCUCUUGUUGCAUUCCCGUCUUCCUUUUCUCUUUUGCCUUUUGCAGCGAAGAGUUCUGAGUAAAGAUGGUUGAUGUCUCAUGCAUCAUUACUCCCUCUUUCUUCUCGUUCCAUUUACCUGUUCCGAUGGCCUCUCGGUGCUGAGAUUUGUCGCCAGGAUCGGGAGUCCAAGUCUACUGUGAACUGGAUUCAUGGCGAUGAGGUCCGCUGCGGCGCAUCCCAAGGCCAAGACCAGGCCCGGCGGGGGGAAGAUGCCAACGGCACAGCAGGCCAUCUUCGAGAUGAAGCAGCGGGUGGUCCUUGCGCUGAACAAGCUCGCUGACCGCGACACGCACCGGAUCGGCGUCGAGGAGCUCGAGCGGGCCGCCGAGGGCCUGGCCCCCGACAUGGUCUCCCCGUUCCUGUCGUGCGUCGCCGAGACCGACGCCGACCAGAAGAGCGGCGUCCGCAGGGAGUGCGUGCGGGUGAUGGGCGCUUUGGCGCGGUCCCACGGCGGUCUCUUGGCUAUUCAUCUCGGGAAGAUGGUCGGUUCCAUCGUCAAGAGGCUCAAGGACACGGACUCGGUCGUGCGGGACGCCUGCGUCGAGACGUGCGGCGUUCUGGCGAGCAGCGUAAGGGACGGUGGCGGGGCGACGUUCGUGGCGCUGGCCAGGCCGCUUUUCGAAGCGCUGGGGGAGCAGAACCGGUAUGUGCAGGUGGGCGCGGCGUUGUGCUUGGCGAGGGUUAUCGACGAGGCCAGCGACACUCCGCAAUCCAUUCUGCCUCAGAUGCUCGCGCGUGUUAUCAAGUUGUUGAAGAAUCAGCACUUCAUGGCGAAGCCGGCCAUCAUCGAGUUGAUCCGAAGCAUCAUACAGGCAGGAUGUGCUCUGGCCGAGCAUGCUUUGUCUGCAGCAGUUAACAGCAUUCUGGAAGCCCUCAAAAGUAAUGAUUGGGCAACACGCAAAGCUGCAUCUGUGGCGUUGGCUGGUAUUGCUGUAAACCCUGGAUCUUCUAUGGCACCAUUGAAAAGUACUUGCAUCCGUUCACUUGAAUCCUGCCGAUUUGACAAGGUGAAACCUGUGAGGGACUCUAUCUUGCAUGCUAUACAGUGUUGGAGAGCUCUUCCGGGGACUGGUUCUCCUGAACCUUCAGAAGUUGGAUCAUCCACAAAAGAAAAUUUUGGUGGAGACUUGAAUGAUGUCACUAGUGCUAGUGAUAGUGGAUGGAGAGACACAUUUGUUAGGAAAAUAGGCCCUGUUCCUUGUCCAAGUGGCAGCUCCACCUGUUCUACACAGAAAAGAGCUCCUUUAUCUGCCAGGAAACUAUGUACAAAUAAUGCACCUACUCAUCAGCACCUGAAGCCAAGUGAUUGGCACAUUGAGAUAUCAGUCCCGAAGUCUCGUGCCAUGCCACUAAUUGCUACCGAUUGUAGAGAAUCUGAGAGGAGUUGUGCAAGCAGUGCUUUUGAAAGAAGGGUGGUAAAUACAGCUGGGGUUGAAGACAUAAAUUUUGGUUACAGCCCAGAUCACAAGCCAGAUUACUCCUCUGUAUCAGAUUUAGCUAGUGGCAGCUAUGAGAUAAAGCAUGCAACUGCAUCUAAUGAUGGUCCUAGGGAUAAUGAUUCAACAAAUAUUACAGGACGCAACAAUUCUGUCAUUGAGGACAGUGGACCUGAAUGCCUUCGGACUCAGGAGCGGAAGAGUUUGGACUCCACUGUUACAGACUUGUGUUCACACAGUAUGCAUGGAUGUUGUCUGCAUGCUGCAAAUGAACUGGCAAUCAUCAAACAACAACUCUUACAAAUUGAAACCAAACAAUCAAACUUGCUGGAUCUCUUACAGGUGUUCAUGAGAAGCUCAAUGGAUAAUGUCUCAAAACUACAGUCAAAGGUGAAUGACUUGGAGCAUGCUGUAGAUACAAUUACAUAUUCCGUUGUGGAAUGUGAAAAUUAUUCUAGCAUGGGUUGCUCGAAAAUUUUAAAGAAAGUACAACCAGGUUCUUCUUCCCCUAAGCUUUCUGCAGUCACACCUAGGCCAUUGGUGGGUGAUAACUACAAGCAACAAUCAACACUAUCUUCAAAAAGCAUGGAGAUUUGGGGGGAUAAUCUGGCUUCAUUUAGUAGAUCAAGCACAUCAGUCAAAGAGGGAGUAGAGAAAGAUUCAACACUUGGAGUACCAAAAAACCCAACAGGCGACAGCAUGAAUAAUAAUUCAGGAAGAAGCCUUCGAUGUGUAAGAAGUCAAGAAAAAGAUCCGAAAAAUGCAAGUGCCAGGCUUAGUAACUUCAAAGAUGUGACUGGAUUUUGGAAACAAGUCAAGGAGUUUCUUAGCAUGGGGAAUGUGGAGUCAGCAUAUGUGGAGGCCAUCCUUUCUGGGGAUGAUCUUAGUCUGGUCCAGCUUAUGGAUAGAACUGGUCCUGUUCUUGAUAGAUUGUCAUGUGAGACAACUGAUGAAGUACUUACCAUUAUGGCCACAAAAUUUGUUGAUCAAAGAUUUCUGGAAUUCGCAAUUCCAUGGUUGCAACAGGUUGUUGAUUUGAGCAUGGCUAACGAACCAAGGCACCUUUUUCUUACUACAAAAGCACAGAUGGAAUUCCUGUUUGCAUUACAGGAAGCAGCAAUAAGAGAGUUUACAGAUCCAGUGGUGAGAAUGUCCAUAUCACGAUUUGGAGCGAGAUUAGGCCAAUUAUGGCAUGUGGCUCCAUGCAGGAAAGCUCUCCCACCAAGAGGAUCACAAGGGAACAAGAAACAUGCUUUCUAGUUCAGGAAUGACAUCUAUUUUGCGUUUAUGUUAAAUUUCCGAAAAUCACCUUCUGUAACAUUUGGAACAUGAUAUGUUCUCUUGCAAAUGGAUCCCCUUGUGUUCUCACUAA